ACGGAGAGUUGGCCGCAUUGCCUCCACUUCUGCAUACAGUUAGGUUAGCCGAGUAGCCAGAGACGCUACACGUAAACUUGACGCAUCGGUCCAAUGUUAAAGAUCCCUCUAAUCGAUGGUCAAAGUACAUAAACUGUUAAACACGUGAACGCGAAAAUAAUUUUCUACUAACGUGAGUUCGUGGAGUUUAUCUUCACAUUGCAUCACCGUCAACAAAAUAAAUGGUUUAUAUAUCUGUUUAGGUUGUGUGUAAAUGGUCAUUGCAAAACUUGAAACGCCGAUAGACACAAGUGUUUUUGUGAUUUCAUAGAGGUUUAACAUAGCAGUUUAUAAUUAUUGGUCUCACUAACUGCGGCUCUUUCAGUCUGUGACCUGCUUGUAGAUACUUAGUAAUCUAUAUCUAUGUCACCUGGCCUGCUUUCUUCAUAGAUUAAAGGUUUAACAAGAUGGCACCUAACACAGUGGACGCGAAUGGGGUGUUAUUCGAGACUGAUGCAGCAACUCCUGACAUGGCUCUUCCAAUAACUCCAGUCCAGCAAGCGGACAACAGUCCAAGGAAAUUUGUUUGGAGAAAUAUCAUUGCAUUUGCUUACUUACACAUUGCAGCACUGUAUGGGGGAUACCUAUUCCUUUUCUCAGCAAAAUGGCAAACUGAUGUAUUUGCCUACAUUUUAUAUGUGAUGUCCGGCCUGGGUAUAACGGCCGGAGCUCAUCGACUAUGGGCCCAUAAGUCAUAUAAAGCAAAAUGGCCGCUACGCGUUAUCCUUGUCAUCUUUAACACGCUGGCAUUCCAGGAUUCAGCGAUCGACUGGGCGCGCGAUCACCGCAUGCACCACAAGUACUCUGAGACUGACGCGGAUCCGCACAAUGCGACUCGAGGCUUCUUCUUCUCACACAUAGGGUGGCUGCUUGUGAGGAAACAUCCAGAACUCAAGAGAAAGGGCCAGGGAUUGGACUUGAGUGAUUUGUACGCGGACCCCAUUCUGCGCUUCCAGAAAAAGUACUAUCUAUACCUCAUGCCAAUCGCGUGCUUCAUACUUCCGACAGUCAUACCGGUGUACUACUGGGGCGAGACUUGGAUGAACGCGUACUUCGUGGCCGCCAUGUUCCGCUACGCGUUCAUCCUCAACGUCACAUGGUUAGUCAACUCUGCGGCGCACAAAUGGGGCGACAAGCCCUACGAUAAGAACAUCCAGCCUUCCGAGAACAUUUCCGUAUCGGUUUUCGCGCUCGGCGAGGGGUUCCACAACUACCACCACACAUUCCCCUGGGACUACAAAACCGCUGAACUAGGCAACAACAGGCUCAACUUCACCACCAACUUCAUCAAUUUAUUCGCCAAGAUCGGCUGGGCUUACGAUCUUAAGACCGUGUCGGAAGAAAUCAUCCAGAAUAGAGUUAAACGUACCGGCGAUGGCACUCAUCACCUCUGGGGCUGGGGCGACAAAGAUCACUCCGCUGAGGAGAUCAAAGCUGCCAUUAGAAUUAAUCCGAAGGAUGAGAAAGAUGACUAAAUCAACCAUACGAUCGUACAAUAAGAUUCUACUUCUCUAUUCUAAUAUAAUAAAUGCGAAAGUGUAUUUAUUGUUUGUCGUCACUCUACGCACUAACUGAGCAACCUUGCUUUGUUGCUUAGCUAGGGCGUAUGUUGGCAUAGAUUUAGUUGGAAGGACAGACAGUAACAAAGGCUGCACGGCUAGCAUGGGCAGAGGACAAUUAUGUCCCUGGGGAAAGGAUAAAAAAAUAUCUUCUCUCACAGCUUAAUGAACUCUCAGAGCAUUGGCGCAGAAGUGAAGAUAUUAUAUGUGUAUUCCAUGUUCCUGUGAUUUAGCUGGUGGUCACGUUAAUUAUAUCCCCUGUCAGGGGAUAUAAUCUGGGGAUAUAAUUUUUUAUCUUCAGCCCGUGCUAGCCCUGCGGACGGUUUUUAUACCAAGCAAACGAACGGUUCCCGCGGGAUUUGUAAUUAGCCCGUAAGGAACGCGGACAACAGCUAGUAACAUUAUAAAAGGUUUCAUUCACGUUCAUAUUGAAGUCCUCGUCAAUAAUAUUAACAAAUUGUAGGAUAAUCACUUAAAAGAUAUGCAUUCUAUUGAGAUAGAAAGAAUUAUUUAUAUAUAAUAAGUAUUUAUGUAUAUUAUUCAUAAAAAUAUUCAUCAGCCAUCUUAGUACCCAUAACACAAGCUACGCCUACUUUGGGACUAGAUGGCGGUGUGUGUAUUUUCGUAGUAUAUUUAUUUAUUUAUUAUAUUUGCAACCUUAAGGUUAUAAACGGUAAUAUUAAUGUGAUAGACGAAACAGUUUAUGGUAUCUUGUUAGAUGUAAUAAUUUCUACAUAUUUAUUCAUCUUAGAUGUACUCGUCAGAAAAACAUUGAGAUCGAAUGGGUAAUACGCAAGGCCGUCGACAAAAAAAUAUUUUCGAGAAUGCCUUCUAAUGUAACCUAUUUGUCAUUUUAAUUAAACAUUCGAUUUGCACAUUUACUUCUUUAUUUGUUUAUCAUCAUCGGAACGAGGAAAUAUUUAAACAAAUUGCACCGAAUUACAAUAAUGGAUUUCGGACAUUGAAAUAUUAUUAAAGUAAUAAAUUUUACUAAAAUAAAACGUUACAAACGUUAACUUAAAAAUUCUCUUCUUCACGGAUCUGAUGAAUUUCAACAAGGUUUCAUUUGUAACCUUGCUUAAUAAUCUUCGAAUAAAAAUAUAAAAUGUUAUAAAAAAAAUAUUAAAUAAAAAAAACAUUAAGGCUUCCUAUUAGAUUCUAUGGAGAUAGAAUUUAGAUGAGCUAAAUAACCCAGAUAUAUUUUAGCGUACACUUUCGUGAGUGGUACUCAUAAUUUUAUAAAUACAUAAAAUCGGCUAAAAUUCAUGGGAAUCUUCGAAAUAACUUUAGUGAAAAUUGUUUUGAAUUUCAACUGUUUUUAUAUUAACAUAACCCAGAUAUAAAAUGUAGAUUAACGUAUCUUUAGUGUGCACUGUUUACUUAUUAUACGUGAGUUUGUUUGUUUUGUAGGAAUAUGGCACUAAACACUUUUCCGCGUCCAACAUUAGAAUAUAUCGAUUACAUCCUAUAAUAUUAUAGCAUGUAAUGCUGUCUAAAUAAUCGAUGCGUCAUUAAGGUUUUAUUAUUUACGCCUGAGUUACGUUUACAUAAUGACUCACCCGUUUUUCGGUCACCGAAAAUAGGCCAAAAUAAAAUCUUAAGUCUAAAACGAAGUUCUACUAUGGUACCUUAAAAUCGCGGUGCGUUCUGGCAUCUGCUCUUGGCGAGUUCGAGCCCUUCUAGAAUCUACGAAUUAUCGACAGACUCCCACUCCUUAAAUCUCUUAUGCUGUACACACUCCUUGUUUCGGGACCUAAUACUCUAAUGAAUUCCAUGCUACUAUCACGCUCAAAGCUCUGUAGGGUAGGGACAGGAUAUACCAUUUAAUACACAGUCUAUACCGUCUCGUCUAUCCAUCUAAUGGCGAAUCUACCAAAUUAUGUGCCAUGUUACUGGCCACAUAAAAUGUUCUAUAGACUCUACUCUACUGUCUUUAGACUCCAGCAAGUUAAGGAGUUUGGGCAUUGAAAGUAGAUGUUGAAUACCAGUAAUUCUCAUUAUAAAAUCCUUUCCAAAUCGCAUUCGAAAAUUUUGCACUAUUGACUUUCCUCAACAGUAUUGAGGAAAGUCAACAAUUUCAAUAGGCCGUUGCUUAUUUUCUUAUCCUCGUUUGGUUUGCCAUGUCAGAUUUUAUCUAAAUUCCACACUAGACUCGGUUGUUUCAAAUAAACUUUUCGGCUGAUACUAAAGGCAUAUAACAAAUGUAAUAUUUUUUUCACGAGCCGCGACUAGUUGCAAAAUUCGACCUUUGAUUUAUAAAUAAAAAACACGGCUUUUGUCUCAAAGUGAUAUUAGAAAACGAACUUUAUGUAGGCAUGUCAAAGCUUGAUUUUGUUUAGCUGGAAUAUAUAUAAUAGGCAAAACACCAUGUUUUUGUUUGCGCAUAACCGCAAUGAGUGGUUGAUAUUUUGCAAUUCUUUAUAGUACUCAGCAUUAGGUAUCUGUAAAUGUCGUAGUAACCAAGUCACUAGUACUUACCAUUCCCGUUACUUUGAUAGUAUAUCGCUGAGAACAGUUGCGUGCACAGGGUUUUGUGACUGUAUGAUGAAAAGAAGAUGUGUGAAGAAGGAAGAUGGCAUGAAAUGGAAAAAUUCUUCUCCUUUAUGAGACACAAACAUUUUAGGGUAGGCAGUGCUUUUUUGCUUGUACGAAGUGCACGCCACUGGCUGAUAAAUUAGUUAGAGAGAUUAGUCAACUGUACAGUUCCGUUUGCAAUAAAAAAUUGUCUGGCCUUUACGUAUUGUUUCGUCAUCAUCAAAUCAACGAAUGUCAGAGUACAGCUUUAUUAGGUUUGUUUGAUGUCUUUUUUCACUUGAGAGGGUUUUCGUCACCAUUACAUUACCUCAACGUGGAUUAGAACUCGUCUUUAUCCCGCCCCUUACCAAUUAGCUUUCCAACCUUCUUAGCUAAAACAGUAACUUUGGUUCAUCGUAUUUGACGGUAUAAUAAACCAAGUAAUUAUGCAAAAAAUUCUUACGAAUCGUGCGUAAUGAUCCAUAAUUAUGUGUUUUGUGCCUAAAGCGCUUAGAUGCGCUGUAUGUUUUUGUGUAUGAACGAUUUAAAUCCGCGUAUUCAGUGUGAUAACGAUAGGUAACACAUCAGUAUUAUACACCACAUAGAAAAAAAAACAUGGGUAAUGUCACUAGUCUUUUGCAUUUGUAGCGAAUUUUGUUAACAGUUAAAGGAACCCAUCAUUAACUUGUUUUUUGUUAAAGUUCGAAUAUUUAAUGUUUUGCGCGUCUUCUACGUGAGCGAACUCAAAGCGAACGAGGCGCGACGCGGUGCGAUAGUAUCGCACAGUUACAGCCGCUUGUGUAACAUAAGGCGAGAUCAGUGGAGUGCACAGGAUUUUUGGGGUACCAGGGUAGAAAGGAAGUAGUAGAAGAAGGAAGAUGCCCUAAAAUGGGAAAAUCCUUCGAAGAUUGGCUGAGAUCAAUAGGGAGAUUGGGUUUGGCUGUCCAUGGAUCAUUAAUAUACAUUAUUGAUCAAGAAUCAAUAAACAAAAAUCGUUAAAGACCUAAAAGUUAAAGGUGAUUUAAAAAAAUGAAAACUGCAUUAUCUUCCUUACGACUAUGAUAACGAUGCCAUUUUAAGCUGUCAAAUAUAUAGUGUUAUUUUCUUACACAAUCGCAGUGCUCGUUUAACAUCAGGCUAUUAAAAUCACUGUACGUAACUUUCAGGAAUAGUCGAUUAGUAAAAGCUACCUGUACCAUACGCGCAUUUAUAAUGUGCAAGGCGUGCGGUCAUAAGGGCCGAAACCAAUACGGACAAUAU